AUGGCCUUGCAACACGCCCUUCGACACGUCGCUAGCAAUUACCAUAGUCGUGGCGAUGCCAGCCAAGUGCUUGGCAUCUACAUCGAUGCCAUUUCGGCAGCGCUGAACUCCGUCGAAGAUCAGCACACGAAUGAUUCGGCUUUGUCUCUUUCGCAACGCUCCUCUGCAACGCCUAGCCGGGAUCACUCGCAAGCUUCGGAUCUCAGCAUCAAAAGCAGGUCUAGCACUGGCACAGGCUCCCCAGUCAAUCGCUCCUUGCCCUCCGGCGUCGCGACUCGAGCCGACUCAAGUGCCAGACAAACUACUCUCGUUUCAUACCUAAUGUCAGGUCUUUCCGAAUCCGAGUCGGAUCAAUCACUCUCUUCCUCCGACACGGACUCCGACAUCGACGCUGAGGAGGUGCAAAGUCCAGUCUCUUACUCCUCAUCUUUGGCCUCUUCCCCAUCCUUGCCCAAGGUACCGCUAGGUGCGGAAGGGUCGAGAAGCCCGAGUGGAGGAACUCAUCUAAGUCCCGCACUCAGCAAAAGCGGUGCUCUCUCGGGCGCGGGGUCCGACACUUGGGCCAACGAACAUACGAUCCGUAGACAGCCUAGCAUCACCAUCACGGACCACGACAGGAAUCCGGAAAGGAGCAGAGCGCUUUAUGAUGAUGAGCUCGUUGGGGGAGAGCUGGACGAGUUGGACAGGGAUGAUUGGGCCGAGUACGAAAAAGCAGCGAAGUUGGCGGAGAUGGAACGCAUUGAAAGAGAAGGCAUUCGACCCGCAUCGUCAUCCUCCUCAGGCCUCGAAGCCGAAAAGAACGCUUCGAGUUCCCAAGAUCAGCAAGCGGAAGGAGAACUUUCAUCAGACCGAGCGAUUCAAGAUUCCCUCACUUCCGAACUCUUGCGAAUGGCUCGAGUGCUCAAGUCCAACUCUUUAGCUUUCGGUGAAGCUUUGGAGCGCGAUCGAUUGUUGCUGGAGAGUACGGGUGAAAAGUUGCAGGGAAAUUUGGACGUGAUGACUAGGACUAGGGGAAGAUUGGGAGAGUAUGCCAAGAAAGCUAGGGGAUUGGGUUGGGCUACGUUGGGAGCUGUCACUGUCGUCUGCAUCAGUUGGGUCCUUUGCUUUUUGCUCAUUCGACUCACGUGA